UCAUUCCAAUUGAAACACAACUUUCGGCUUAAAUUCACCUUAAAAUUAAUUAAAAAUCCACAGAGUACCAGUUGAAAGAUCCAGACAAAUAUGCUGAUGGAUCUGGCCUCGCAGAUGCUCAAAGUGAUGUCCACUGCCAGCAGAUGCUUCCAUCGAUCCGCAGUGGUCAAGAAGACGAGUCCCCUUGACCAUGCUAUUGCAAUCGAUUGCACCAGCAGGACGACAAGACGUCAGCCGGUCAGGGAGCCCAUUUUCCGUACUAUGUAUCCACCAGUUCGAUCCUACAGCAGGCAGCAUGAGUACUUUAUGGGCCAGUUCAGAAAGAUGUCUGAUGUUCAGACAAAGGACACACCACCGAGAAGCGUCCCGAAGUGCCCCACGGAGCUCAUGUGGAAAAGUCAGCCCAAAUCCUGUCCCAAGUGCGAUGAGCGCUUCGACGUUUUGUUGUACCGGGCGUCGGACAAGUUCCGCCCCUACCAGCGCACCUGGUGGGAGUGUUGUCCACGCCUGGUGCCGAAGCGAGUUUGCCGCUGGUCCGAUGCCAUUCCGCCGCAGGUGAAACGUCACAGGAACAAGGAGACCAAGGGCUUAAGCAGCAUAGCGAUGCCCUGCUGCAGGGCGCCACUGGUGCCGCCCAAUUGCCCGUCCUGGAAGCCAUGCAAGAAGAUCAAAUGCCCGUUUCCCAGUUUCUCAGAGUGCGUACGAAGUGAUCUCGUACCGGAGCGUCCAAGCGAGUGCCGCUGCCUGGAACGUCCCCCAAUCUGCAUUGCCAGUCUGUAUGCCAGGAAGAUGGGCAACAUCUAUCCGUGUCGGCGAUCGUAACCGAGCAGAGGGCAAUAUAUUGUGGAUGGCAUUGGCAUAGAGCAUGUGUCCCGUGAGCUCUGACGGAAUCUGUGCAACUUAACUGCGGAGAUCCUGCCAGAGCACACGGGGCAAUCAAAACAAAUGCAAUAAAUAAUCAUGAAU